AGCACAGAGAGUGGAGGAGGGAGGCGGUGUUUUGCAGUCAAACCGCACCAGCGCUGCUGCGAGGCGACAGCCGGCUAUACUCUCAUCUGGCGCACGCACGCACGCACGCGCACACACACUCGCUCUCUCACACACACAUACAUAAACAUCGCAGUGGCGGCGGUGCUUUGCAUCAUGCAGGAGGACUCAUGAUAACCUGUUACACGCUGCACAUGUGAUGGCAGGCAGCCGCGCCGGGUCCUCCUCCGCAGAUUAAUUAGCGGGCGGACUUACGACUCCUUAGAGUCUCGGAUUGUGUGUCUUUAAUGAGGAUAUUGCGGCAAUGGUGAAGGACAAGGCCGAAGACCGGACGCUUCAGUAUCAGCAAACUUUGAUGUAUGGGCGGUACACCCAGGAGCUGGGUGUGUAUGCCAAGGAGGAAGCAGCCCGCCUACGGGAUGGAGGAGUGCGGGAUGGCGGAGGACUGCGGAGGAACACCAGCGUUCGCAGUCGUGCUGCAGACCUGCUGGAGUACGAGAAAGACCCCUGUGGAAAGUGCCACCUGUGUGCGUCUCGCUGCCAAAAGUUCCUGAUCUCACGGGUGGGCGAGGACUGGAUCUUCCUCAUUCUGCUGGGGCUGCUCAUGGCUCUGGUCAGCUGGGUCAUGGACUACGCCAUCGCCUUCUGCCAAGAAGCACAGAAGUGGAUGUAUGGUGGACUGGACAGUAACAUGCUCCUGCAGUACAUCGCCUGGGUCACCUACCCUGUAGUGCUCAUCACUUUCUCAGCAGGAUUCACACAGAUACUGGCACCUCAGGCUGUGGGUUCAGGUAUUCCUGAGAUGAAGACAAUACUGAGGGGGGUGGUCCUGAAGGAGUACCUGACGUUCAAGACGUUUGUGGCCAAAGUCAUCGGUCUGACUUGUGCUCUGGGCAGCGGGAUGCCUCUGGGGAAGGAGGGACCAUUCGUUCAUGUUGCCAGUCUGUGCGCCGCUCUCCUCAGCAAAUGCAUGGCUCCUCUUUUCGGUGGGAUUUACAUGGAAGAGCCCUUUGAGGGAAGCAAGAACGAACUGAGGAACACAGAGAUGCUGUCGGCCGCCUGUGCAGUGGGUGUGGGCUGCUGCUUCGCUGCCCCUAUUGGAGGGGUGCUGUUCAGUAUUGAGGUCACUUCAACGUUUUUUGCUGUGAGGAACUACUGGAGGGGCUUCUUUGCUGCCACCUUCAGUGCCUUCAUAUUCAGGGUGCUGGCAGUGUGGAACCAGGAGGAAGAAACCAUCACUGCUCUCUUUAAGACCCGGUUCCGUCUUGACUUCCCGUUUGACCUUCAGGAGCUGCCGGCGUUCGCCAUCCUCGGGCUUGCCUGCGGUUUCGGUGGCGCUCUGUUUGUCUACCUGAACCGGCUUAUUGUAGAGUGCAUGAGAAAGCAGAAGACUAUUAACAAGUUCCUGCUGAGGAAUCCCUCUCUUCCUGUCAGGCGUCUGGUGUAUCCCGCACUUGUCACCCUGCUGGUCUCCACUCUUACGUUUCCUCCGGGCUUCGGGCAGUUCAUGGCCGGACAGCUGACGCAGCACGAGUCUCUGGUCGCCCUGUUCGACAACCGCACGUGGUGCCGUCAGGGCGUGGCGGAGGAGUUUGACUACAUCAGCCACCACCACGCCUGGAAACACCCGCAGGUCAACGUCUUCAUCACGCUCAUCCUCUUUAUCAUCAUGAAGUUCUGGAUGUCUGCCGUUGCUACAACCAUGCCUGUUCCAUGUGGGGCCUUCAUGCCAGUAUUUCUUAUUGGUGCAGCAUUUGGAAGACUUGUUGGUGAGAUCAUGGCAGCCAUGUUUCCUGAUGGCAUACAUGCUGACGGCAGCGUGUAUCCCAUAGUUCCUGGUGGUUAUGCUGUAGUUGGUGCUGCAGCGUUGUCUGGAGCAGUCACCCACACUGUAUCCACUGCAGUCAUAGUGUUCGAGCUGACUGGUCAGAUCUCCCACAUCCUGCCUGUGAUGAUCGCUGUGAUCCUGGCUAAUGCUGUGGCUCAGGCACUCCAACCAUCACUGUACGACUCCAUCAUCCGCAUCAAGAAGCUCCCUUACCUGCCUGAAUUGGGCAUGGGACACCACGAGAAGUAUAAUAUCCGCGUGGAGGACAUCAUGGUCAGGGAUGUGCGCUUCAUCACGCUAAACUCUUGCUAUCGCGACCUUCAGGAGAUGCUGUUGACUGGUCAGCUCAAAACACUGGCCCUGGUUGAGUCCAGGGACUCCAUGAUCCUACUGGGCUCCAUUGAGCGGCUGCAGCUCCAGUCGCUGCUCUCUCUCCAGCUGGGCCGCCAGCGGAGGCUGGAGUACCUCCGCCUACUGGCCCAGGACAACGGCACCCACGACCACCUGCCCAGCCUCACCAGUGACAGCACGCCCAGCUCCCCCUGCUCCCACACCCACAUCAACGACUCGACCAACACCAGCGCUCGCCAAGCGGUCCGCUUCCUGGUGAGCACCCAACAGAUCUCCACAGAGGAGUCUUCCUCCUUCAGCCCGGUGGUUUCCAAUGUUCAGCUUCCUCUGAAAUCUGCAUUGAAAACUGUGUCCGCCAUCAGCGACACAGAGACGCCAAAUAGCUCUCAGACCCUCUCCUGUGCAGACCAAGAGAAGGAGCUGCUGGAGAGCCCGGCUGGGCCGGCUCCUCCUGAAAAAAGAAAGCCCAAGCCCAAACGUGUGAGGAUCUCCAUGGCGGACUCUACUGAAGUGGAAGACGGCAUGACUCCUUCAGAAAUCGGGGAGUGGGAGGAGCAGCAGCUCGACGAGCCGGUGGAUUUCAAGAACUGCAAGAUUGAUCCCGCUCCCUUCCAGCUGGUGGAGCAAACAUCUCUGCAUAAGACCCACACUAUCUUCUCUCUACUGGGUCUGGAUCACGCCUAUGUGACCAGCAUGGGACGUCUGGUUGGAGUGGUCUCUCUCAAAGAGCUGCGUAAGGCCAUCGAGGGCUCAGUGACAGUGACUGGUGUAAAAGUGCGCCCUCCGUUGGCCAGUUUCCGGGACAGUGGGAACACCACAAACGUAUCCGAGGUCACAGAACUGCACAAGCUGUGCAUCCGCCACAGGGGGCUCUCUUUGCCACGGGAACCCAACCCUCCGGACGUGGAGGACCAGCCAGAUCUCCCGUACAAAGAGAUCCCCAUCAACUUCUCGGACCAAUCAAAUUUGCAGUUUGAAACCAGCCCCGGUGACGUCUCGAGUCAGUCGUCGGAGCUGGUGCUCCAGGAGAGCCCAUCGUUCACCGAGGACCAAUCAGAGUUUACUUUUGACUGCAGCCCCUCCCACACUGAGGAGUCAGAGCUAGCCUGUGACUAUGACCCCCCCACCCACACUCCCGAGCCGGACGACACGGAGCUGGAACGGGGGAGUCCAUCUCUGAACAAGGACCAAUCAGAACCUGAGGGAGAGGGUGGCGCCGCCAACACUGAGGAUCCAUCAGAAUGACCGGAGGGGAUCCAUGAUGUCGCCUCAUGAAUGUUGACGUUUCUUACAUUUGUAGAGGUCACUCACGCCUCCAAGUCCAGCCUAGAUACCGUGUUUCUAACGUUGUUGUGUAGCGUGAGUGAGCGAGUGAGUAUAUGUGACAUUCAUAAGUGUGUUUCAAACUGUGCAAAUGCUUAUUUUAAAGGAAAAUCUGGUUUUAUUCUAUAUUUUAUUACUGUCAUCAAAUCCCAUGAAAAGACCAAAAACAGGUUUGUCUGUCUCUGUCCUCUCUGCGGCUCUUUCAUUCCUAUUGAAGCCGUAAAUCUUUUAAGUUGCAAUCUUUAAGACUUUGGUCCUGGUUGAUUAGGUGAUAACAGUAAAUGCGUUUAAUAUUACAGGUCACAGAAUAAUGGAGGCAGCAGAACAAACUAUUGUUGUUUGGAUGAAGGCAUAAUUUAGCUGGAAUGCAGACAAAUCUGCAAACUCAUGUUUUAUUUGCUCUGCCACAGGAAUCUUAUUACUCUCUCAUUUAGACAGACUUUCACCCGACCUUGCCCUCACUGGACCAAUCAAAGGCAUUUAUCUAAUAUGAGGCGGGUUUUAUAGAAUAAGGUGCUCUGGAUGUCAAACUAGGCAAUACUGAUCAGAUAUGAAUCAAGAUAUAGUUACUUUUACUUUCCUCAAAUGUGUUUAAAACUACUAAUUUUAGUGUACUGUUCACCAGUAAUGUGUUUCAAAUAUCUUUAUUGUGAAGCAUUAUUCACUGAAGUAUCUGAACAGGGUGAUGUUUGCUUUUUUUAAAAAUUAAACAAGGUAUAAAAAUAAAAAAACACGACAGAAUCAUCUGAUUGGGAAAUACAAAUGCAGUAAGGCCAAAACUAAAUAAAUAAUAACAAUGUCAAACAACAGAAUUUAGAGGGAAAAAAAGUAAAUAAAAAUAAUAAAUUACGAAAAAAUGUCAUACCAUCACUCAUGUCAUAUGCGUCACUCAACGCUACAUUGCACGUUUCAUUGCUCUGAUUGGUUAAUCCAGGUGAGCGUUGAAAAUUUGAAAAUGAGCUGAGGUUCCAAACAAAUACUCAUUUGAGAAUUAGUCCAGCAGUGCCAAGAUAAUAAUGACUGGCCUUUUCCCAUCAGUCUGUGAGCAAACCUGAUCUGGUUAUAAUGCCGCACUAGAAACUGGAGCUGUGCAGCUUAAAGCCUUAAAGGGGAAUUUGGGUAUUUUCUUUGCUAUUUUAUUUAUAAUUAUGGGGAUAAUAAAUGAAAUUGGUCCAGUGUUGAGGAACAGCGAAACAUAUUUGCAGUUUCUAACCUUAUUUAUUAUGAUCAUGUUAUAUUAGUUAUACUACUUAUCUGCUUCCUUUGUAAUGCAGCCUUUGAUUUCGCAGCCAGUGUUAUCAGAAACUCUUGAUUCCCAGCAGACUGAGGCAGAAAGAGACUCUCCAGACACACAUAACACUGUGUCUUUAAGGACACCUGCCAAGUUUAUAUGUUCCUUCAUCUGAACUUCUUUCAAGAUCCCUUUCCAGCCUGGCAGCUGUGGGAUACACAUUUACAAAAGACAGAUGCUCUGUGUGAA